GAGUCGUCGUAUUCGUUUGCACUGAAAUGCCUUAUCAGCCUCUCGACCCUCAUCCUCCUGGGGCUCAUUGUCAUGUACCACGCCAGGGAGAUCCAGCUCUUCAUGGUGGAUAACGGCGCCGACGACUGGCGCAUCGCCAUGACCUACGAGCGCAUCUUCUUCAUCGCCCUGGAGCUGAUUGUCUGCGCCAUCCACCCCAUCCCCGGGCAGUACCUCUUCACCUGGACAGCGCGCUUGGCCUUCACCUACGCCGCUUCGGUGGCUGAUGCCGACGUGGACAUCAUCCUCUCCAUCCCCAUGUUCCUGCGGCUGUACCUGAUCGGGCGCGUUAUGCUGCUGCACAGCAAACUCUUCACCGACGCCUCCUCCCGCAGCAUCGGCGCCCUCAACAAGAUCAACUUCAACACUCGCUUCGUCAUGAAGACCCUCAUGACCAUCUGCCCUGGCACCGUCCUCCUGGUCUUCAGCAUCUCCUCCUGGAUCAUCGCCGCCUGGACGGUGCGCGUCUGCGAGAGGUACCACGACAAGCAGGAGGUGACCAGCAACUUCUUGGGGGCAAUGUGGCUGAUCUCCAUCACCUUCCUCUCCAUCGGCUACGGGGACAUGGUGCCGCACACCUACUGUGGCAAGGGCGUGUGUCUGCUCACCGGCAUCAUGGGUGCUGGCUGCACCGCUCUGGUCGUCGCUGUCGUUGCCAGAAAGCUAGAGCUCACCAAAGCGGAGAAACACGUGCACAACUUCAUGAUGGAUACGCAGCUAACGAAGCGGGUGAAAAAUGCUGCUGCCAACGUACUCAGGGAAACGUGGCUCAUCUACAAACACACCAAGCUGGUGAAGAAGAUCGACCAUGCCAAAGUUCGGAAACACCAGCGUAAGUUCCUCCAAGCCAUCCAUCAGUAA